CUUGCCAGUCCUGAGCGUCUGUCCGGAGCCAAGAUCUGAGCCGGAUCUCUUCAGAGAGACGGGAGGACAGGUCCACGGUGUGUCCAGGAGCACGAGUUCUGGGACAGAGGUGCCUCUUCCCGUCAGUGCCCCGGGGAGCGGGCCAGAGAGCAGGACGGCUGCAGGUCCAGCGGCAGGAACAGCCACGUGACUGGUCGCGCUCAGCAGAAAGGAGAAGUUGCCUCAGAGGUGGAAGAUUCAAUCCGAAGCCCCAAGCCACCGUUGUGUGUGUGUGUGUGUGUGUGUGUGUGUGUGUGUGUGUGUGUGGUGAGGGGGCGGACACCCACCUGUCUCUCGCCUUCCUCCUGGCCCGGCCACCAUGCACCCGUGGGCUGCCAUCACCGGCCUCCUGGUCCUUUUCACAGACGCCACUGCGGCCGCAGUCAUGGUCUUAGGGUUGGCCGGCCGCCCCAUCACACUGCCCUGCACCUACUCCACAGCCGGCAGGUCGGUCACCAGCAUGUGCUGGGGCCGAGGGCCCUGCCCCUCCUCCCAGUGCUCGGACACCCUCAUCUGGACCGACGGCUCCCACGUGACUUCCCGGAAGGCGCCGCGCUACAUGCUGAAGGGCAGAAUCACCGAGGGGGACGUGUCUCUCACCAUCGAGGGCGCCGUCCCGGGCGACAGUGGCCUCUACUGCUGCCGCAUCGAGCACCCGGGCUGGUUCAACGACCAGAAAAUCACCUUCUCCCUGGAGAUAAGACCCCGGCCCUCCAGCAGCCCCGCAACCCCCAGGCUCACCACCUUGGCUCCUGCAACGCCGCCGCCGCCCUCGCGGACCCUCCCCCAGCCAGUAACUAGCCCGUCCACUCCGGCUACUACUCGGACGCCCGGGCCCGAGCCUCAGCCUUCCACCUGGCAGGAGCCCAGCCCCGCACCCCCCACCAGCUCCCCGCCACCCUCCUGCCCUCCAGGUGAGAACGGCACAGACGUGGUGACACAGACGUGGGACGGCGCCUGGCGUGAGAAUCAGACGCUCACGUCCCUGGCACAGAACCCGUGGAAGGUCACCAGCAGGGGACUCUACAUCGGCCUCUCCGUCACGGCAGCGGUGCUGGUCACUGUCCUGGUGGCCCUGGUCACUAAGAAGCACUUGCUCCUGAGGAGGAAGCAGCAGCAGCUGAGCAUGGUGACCCUGCACGGCCCCCCGAUGACAGCCCUGCAGAGCGCGGCAGCGGCCCGCGUCCGGGCGGAGGACAACAUCUACACAGUGGAGGACAACCCCUACGUCGUGGACUAGGCCCCAGGCCCCGUGGACCCCGGCACCCCCGCUCCUGGGGUCCCCGGCACCCCGCUCCUGGGGUCCCCGGCACCCCGCUCCUGGGGUCCCCUCCACCCCGCUGGGGGGCUGUGGGUCGUCGGGGACCCCAAAGGAGAGUCACAAGCACAACCCCCACGCCUGGAGAACCGAGGCAGGACACUUGCACACACUCCUGCGGGAAGCGGAACAUUCUGGAACUGUAGAUUCACUUUAGACACUCCUCUUCCCCGCCCCCGCCUCCCUCCACAUCUCUUAAGAGCCCCUUUUCGGGAGAGAGGCCAGGAACUUUCAGCUCGGGCACCCCAUGCACACAGGGGGGUGGAACCCCGGCACGUCCGUUUGUCCUGGGGAGCAUUUCAAGAUUCCCCGUGUUUCCCCAUCUCGAGUCUACCUGGAAUUAUAUCUGGGAGAGUCUCCCUCUUUUUUUUUUUCUUUCUUCUUUCCCCCUCUGGUUUCCGAGCGGGCACAGAGAUGGUCUCAUUGGAUCUUGAGCUGGGGGUGAUGUC